AUGACCGCUACUACCAACACAAUUGCCAUUGAUUUCGCUGCGUAUACGCCUGAGACUAUCAUUGACGGAACCAAGUCCCUGAUUGCAAAGGGUGAGCAAGUCUAUGGUGCCAUAGCCGCCGAGCCCAACCCCACCUUUGCCACUGUGGUCGUGCCAUUUGCGCAGUUCGAAAAUCAAUUCGACACGGGAAUGGCUACCUCCAACCUCCGGUUCAUCUCGCCCGACGCUGCCGUGCGCCAGGCUAGCAGCGAUGCUGGCCAGCUGCUGGAAGAUUUCGAGACCAGGUCCGGCAUGCGUGCCGACGUCUUCACUGCCAUCAACACCGUCUUUGAAAGUAAGGCCGAGAUGUCCCAGCUCGAUGCCGAGGAUGCACGCCUGGUCGGGUACAUCGUCCGCAGGUUCCGCCGCAACGGCCUGGCGCUGUCCCCUGAGGACCAGGGGAAGCUGGCGGCAGUCAAGAACAAGCUUACCGAACUGAACCUGCAGUUUGCCAAGAACUUCAAUGAGCUUGAGGGCCAGGAACUGUUCACUCGCGAGGAGCUCGCUGGCUUGCCAGAGGACUUUUUCGCCGGCCGCGAGACCAAGACCGAGGACGGAGUCGACAAGUUUGUCGUCACAACAAAGUACCCUGAUGUGGAGCCCGUGCUGCAAAAGGCGCAUUCUGCCGAGACCCGCCGUCGCAUUUUUGUCACCAACGACGAGCGCGGCGCGGCAAACAUCCCACUGAUCAAGGACGCUGCUAGGCUCCGCAUUGAGGCCGCAAAGCUGCUUGGAUACAAGACCAAUGCCGAGUAUGCCCAUGAGAUCUGCAUGGCCAAGACGCCUGCACGCGUCACCGAGUUUGAGGCUAGCCUGCUCAACCGUCUGAGCACGGCUGGUGACAGAGAAAUCGAGGAUAUCGCUGAGCUCAAGCGCCAGGACUCGCCUGAUAGCCCCAAGGUGCUUGCCUGGGAUGUCCCCUACUAUCUCAACAAGCUCAAGGAGACCCGCUACAACGUCGAUGAGAACAAGGUCCGCCAGUACCUCCCUACGGCACACACUAUCCGCCAGGUGCUGGACUUUUACGAAAAGCUGCUACAUGUGCGUGUGCAAAAGGCAGACAUUUCUGUCUGGCACCCGUCAGUCGACGCCUACGAGGUGACUGACGACGAGUACGGAUUCCUGGGCCAUAUCUACAUUGAUGCCUAUCCGCGGCCGGACAAGGAGAACCACCCGUGCACCAUGGCAAUGCGCUCUGGAUUUGUGAAUGCUGACGGUACUCACCACUUCCCUGCUGCCAUCCUGAUCACCAAUCUGUCCAAGGGCUCUGGCUCACAGCCAUCAUUGAUGUCUCACAACGACCUGAGGAUUGUUCUGCAUGAGCUUGGCCAUGUUUUCCAUGGCAUCUGCCUGAGAUCCAAAUACGCUCUGUUCUCACUCAUGUCUGUCGAAUCCGACUUCAUCGAGACGCCAUCCCAAAUGCUCGAAAAUUGGGUAUGGCAACCUGAGAGCUUGAAGCGCUUCUCCAGGCACUAUGAGACCGGGGAGUCUUUGCCUGACAGUCUCUGCAAUACUGUCAUUGCUGCUAAGAACGUCGGUGCCCCCAUUGAUGGCUUACGCCGCAUGUACCAGAGCCGGUUUGACCAGACCAUCCACAACACCACCGAUUUGGAGUCGGUUGAUAUCACCCAGUUGUACUCAGAUCUGCGCCGCGACAUUGGCAGACUCGAUACCGGCGACCUUGUUCUCCCAGCAGCUGGCAUCUUCAACCACAUGAUGUGUGGAUAUGACGCCAAGUUCUAUGUAUACAUGUGGGGCAUGGUGUUCUCUGCCGACAUGUUUGCUGCGCGCUUUGCCAAGGAGGGAAUCGACAACCCACAGACUGGCAGGGACUACCGUCGCGAGAUCCUUGAGCCUGGUGCCACCCGCGAUGCUGCCGAUUCGCUCCGCGCCUUCCUGGGCCGCGACCCUGCUGAUGCUGCAUUUUUUGAAGCGCUCAGGAUUUGA